GGUAACUUCACAUUUGCUCUGAACGCUGUGAACAGUACUGGCGAUACCUACAUUUACCUCUCUGGACCCACGGCAUACCAAUGGAUCAGUGUUGGCACAGGCUCCAAGAUGGCUGGCAGCGUAAUGCUGAUCGUGUACAAGAAUGAAUCUGUAAACGGGAUAACACUUUCAACACGCCUGGCCACUGGCGAGAGUCAGCCUCACUACAGUUCUCAAAUCGACUGCAAGCUGCUAUCUGGAGCAGUAGACAAGGAUGUCCAAUCCAGUACUAUGAAAGACCGCGGCUCGUCUUCUUCAUCUUCAUCUUCCUCAUCCGAAUUCUUCUCCACAAACAUCCAUUGUACUAAUCUUCAAUCCCUCGGCCAACACGAAGGCACCCUCUCCUUCACCAACCAGCAACAGAACUUCAUCUACGCCCUGGGUCCCUUGGCGUCCUCUUCCAACCCGCUCUUGAGCAACUCCCCCUCGACAAAUCUCCAUCAGCACAGCUCAACCGGCAAUUUCUGGGUCGACAUAGUCAACGCCACGUCUGCAUCGUUGACAAGUCCCAGCGGCAGCCAAGUGGGCGUACCGAGCGGCGCAGCACUGCUGGCUGCCCAGAAUACAGGUACAGAUAGCGGUAGUGACGCCAUGAGCGCUGUGCACGCAACAUUCAUGCUUCUUGCAUUCGUCAUUAUAUUCCCCCUUGGUGCCGUCCUGCUACGUUGGGCCAGGAAUGGAGUUAGGGUGCAUUGGAUUGUGCAGAGCGCAGGUUUGGUGCUUACAAUAGUGGGAGGAUGCCUUGGCAUCGCUCUUAGCGAGAAGAAUGAUGAUAAAUCAUCGUACUCAAAUGCUCACCAGAUCCUUGGUCUUAUCGUCUUCGGUGUCGUCUUUGUUCAGUGGGCUCUUGGCAUAUGGCAUCACUUACAGUACAAGCGACACCGGCGGUCCACUGUCUUCGCAAAGGUCCAUCGUAUUGUUGGCCCGAUCAUUUUGAUCAUAGGUUUCGUGAAUGGGUUCCUCGGAAACGAUCUCAGUGGUGAUGGCGACCACAACAAGUGGCUGGGUGCUGUUGUGGGUGUUGUUGCAGUGCUUACAAUAGGGUUGCUAGGAUGGAAG